AGAUGAGCCGCGGCGCUUCGCUGACGCCAGAGCAGGUCAAGUCACAAGUCCCACCGUACUCGCCCGCCCCCACCCCAGUCCCUUCCCGGAAAUGGGGCUCCGGUGCCCGGCGCGCUGAGGUUCCGGCUGGUCGCCGCCUCUCCACACCUUCGAGUUGUACCUCCACGGCGGUAGAGGGGCCGGGGAGCGCAUCCCGCCCCCGCCCCCACCCACGCCGCCGCCCCCUCCGCCGCCCCUGCCGCUCCUCUCGCACUCGGAAUCAUUGGCGUCGCUACCGGAAGUGGGGGUGCUACGGGCGCGCGGGCGCCGACCCCCGGCCCGUUUCAACCCGCGCUCCCAGCGCCCCGGGGCUCGUCGGCGCGCGCAGAUUUCCGCAUCCGGUGCUGGACGCUUCCGUUCCUAAUAGGGCCGGUUUAAGAGGCCUAUGGAUGCAGGUACCAGAACCACUUUGGUCCCCACGGUUUUCUCCAGACCACAUGUUGGGCAAUGGGAUUCAACAGAGAAUGAGUUCCUCAUCCUCCUUGCAUACUUAAGCCAUUCUUCCCAACUGCUGUCCCACCAUCCAUUGUCUUCAUGUCUUCCAUACUCCUAAAUCUGGAUUUUGGGGAACCCCCCAAAAAGACAUUAGAAGGGAAUGCCAAGCACCAAAGAUUUGUCAAGAGGAGACGACUGCUGGAGCAGAGAGGCUUUCUGAAUAAAAAGAAUCAGCCCUCUACCAAGGUAACUAAAUUGCCCCCAGAACCUCCAAAGAAUGGAGGAACUCAAAAGGCAGAUGGCACUCGGAAAACUCCUCCUUUUCCAAAAAAGAAAACAACUGCCUCCAGCAGUGGCUCAGAGCAGUCCCAGGACAAGAAAGCAGCUGUAUCUUGGUUGACCCCUGCACCUUCAAAGACUAAUUCUGUUGUGGCUAAAAUAGAUUUGCUGGGAGAGUUCCAGAGUGCCCUCCCAAAGAUUAAGAGCCACCCAAACAACUCCCAGAAGAAGAGCAUUCAGAAGAAUGGCAUCAAGAAGGACCCCCAGAAGAAUGGCAUCCAGAAGAAAUCCUCUCAGAAGAAUGCCACACAGAACUCCACCCAAGUUCAUUUAGAGAAUAAGUGCCCUGGAGUAUCCCAGAACUUGCCAACAAAGAUGGUGGCAAUUGACUGUGAGAUGGUAGGCACAGGACCCAAGGGACAUAUUAGUUCCUUGGCACGAUGUAGCAUUGUCAACUACAAUGGAGAUGUGCUUUAUGAUGAAUAUGUCCGUCCCCCUUGCCACAUUGUGGACUACCGGACAAGAUGGAGCGGUAUCCGCAAGCAGCACAUGGUGAAUGCCACACCCUUCAAGACUGCACGGAGCCAGAUCUUGAAGAUACUCUCAGGGAAGAUAGUGGUGGGGCAUGCUAUCCACAAUGACUACAAAGCCCUGCAGUAUUUCCACCCGAAGUCCCUCACCCGAGAUACCUCCCAAAUACCCCUCCUCAACCGGAAAGCCGACCAACCAGAGAAUGUCACCCUGUCUCUAAAGAAUCUCACUAAGAGGCUGCUGGACCGGGAUAUACAGGCUGGGAAAAGCGGACAUUCCUCCGUGGAAGAUGCCCAGGCCACCAUGGAGUUGUACAAGUUGGUUGAAGUCGAGUGGGAACAGCACCUGGCCCAGAAUCCCCCCCCAAACUAGCAGCUGUAGGAGACAGUAUCAGGAGAAACAGGCAGUAGAUCAGCACACACCUCUCCCCACUUCACACCUGUAGAAGCUACAAUUGUUGGGAAGAGACUCAGCCCCAGAACUUAAUAUCCGUUGAAAUUUUACCUCAGCUGUUGUGUUCCAUGUCUGGUUAAAUGCCCAUAGAAGGCAGAAGACUUUAUAUAAGAACCCAGCCUUAGACUGUUCACCUCAUAUAUGGUGCUAAUCACAGGUUCCAGGGUGUUUUUUGUGCCAGUCAAGCUUUGUGACUUUGAGAGCAGACAUACAGUUUCUCACACUGCCUUACCACUAGGCUGGCCAUGGGUGAGGCCCUAUAUUAGUUGUUCAGGCGUACCUUGAAUUCUUUGCCCACAUGAAGUGCAAGUGAUCCUCCUACCUCAGUCUCCUGAGUAGCUGGGACUACACAUCCCAGUAUGCAUCGGCAAGCUCAUCUUGUGCCUUUGGUUUUCAAGUAACUAACAGCAUGCUUUCAUUUUCAAAACUGUCCUGAUUGGCAUUAGAUGUGGUCGUGCAUGCCUGUGACUUGAGAGCGUACAAGGCAGUAACUUGAAAGGCAGAGGUGCUAGGAUCCCAGUCUGAGUUAGAGGUUGGCCCAUGCAAAAGCAAAGACCCCUGCCCCCAUCUGGAGCCAAGCUAGGUUGGAUGCUAGUGGCACACACCUCUAAUCUUCUUAACUUCUCAGGAGCUUAAGAUCAUGAUCUCCAAAAUAACUGUCAAAAAACCAGGGUGGAGCUAUAGCUCAAGUGAUAGAGUACCAGCCUAGCAAGGAAGGUGAGUGAAUGGGAGGCCAGGGUUCAAAGUCCAGUAAUUAAGGGGGUGGUAGAAGGUAGAAAUACAUAAAAAAUAAAAACAGACUAAAGCAGAAAAGGCUAGGGGUGUCACUCAGGUGACACUUACCUAGAGAGCACAAAACUCGAGUUCAAUCUCCAUUUUGGCAAAAAAGAAAACACAAGUGUCCUAGCUGGACACUAUAAUUGUAAGGUCACAUGACAUAUCACAGACUCACCUUAUGGCUCAGCAUCUGUAUCCAUUCUGUUUAGGAUACCACCUGCUGUCUGGCAAGGUGAGACUCCGUUCUUAGAGCUUGCAAGGCAGUGAGGUCAAACUUCUGAUUGUAAAAGCAGUCUCUUACCUAAAGUGAUAAGAUAAUUUACUUAUUAAUUUAGGUUCUACUUGGUGGGUUAAAGAACUUAGAUUAUCUUAGUGGAUUUUUUUAUCAUUUAAUUUGCUAAACCAAACCUCUUAAAAAUUCAAAUGAAUUAUUUGAUAAAUUUUCACAAUAGAAAAAAA